AUGAAUCAAAACCCGAAGAGCCUGCGAAACCUCGCCGCGGGCUUGCUGCUCCUCACGCUGUGCGUCGCGGUCCGGCGGUCCGAGUCUGCGGCUUGCCAUGGAUGUGUGGGGUCCAAGUGUGACUGCAGCGGCGUGAAAGGAGCCAAGGGUGAGAGGGGUUUCCCUGGUCUCACGGGUCAGCCAGGAGUCCCGGGUUUCCCAGGACCUGAGGGACCCAUUGGACCCAGGGGAGAGAUGGGUAAUGAUGGACCACUAGGACCAGCUGGUCCAAAAGGAAUCAGAGGACCUCCUGGGUUGCCUGGAUUCCCAGGAACACCAGGAAUUCCAGGUCUGCCAGGGCAAGACGGGCCUCCAGGCCCCAGGGGGACACCGGGUUGCAAUGGGACUAAGGGUGAGAGGGGCUUCCCAGGAAAUCCAGGUAUUCUCGGACUGGAAGGGCAACCUGGUCCACCAGGUUUGCCAGGACCAAAGGGAGACCCAGGCGAUGUGAUCUCAACCAACCGAUUCGGAGAGAAAGGUUCGCCGGGUUUGCCCGGCUUGCCAGGAGUGCCUGGAUCCACAGGACCUCCUGGGUUGCAAGGACCUCUCGGCCCCCCCGGACCCAGAGGCUAUGAGGGUCGGCCAGGUCCUCCCGGUCCUCCCGGGCCCAAGGGAAACAUGGGAUUAAACUUCCAGGGACCCAAAGGAGAGAAGGGAGAUCCAGGUUUACCGGGACCCCCAGGUCCACCAGGACAGGUUGGAGAGCAGAAGAGACCCACUGAGUCUGAGAUCCAGAGAGGAGACAAGGGUGACCGAGGUUUUCCUGGCACACCUGGUGACCCUGGUCUUCCUGGACCUCCUGGUCCCUCGGGCGGUCAGAAAGGAGGGAAGGGAGAGCCCGGUGAGCCAGGCAAACGAGGAAAACCAGGCAAAGACGGCGACCCUGGACCUGCCGGCUUCCCCGGAUUAAAAGGAGAAUCAGGCCUUCCAGGUCCUCCAGGAAGGGAUGGAGAGAGGGGAGGAAAAGGUGAACGUGGAUAUCCAGGGCCACCGGGAUUGGUGAUUGGCGGGCAAAUAAACGGUCGUGUUGGACCUAAAGGUGAGCCGGGUUUCCCUGGCUCACCUGGACGCAAGGGAGACAGAGGAUCUCAAGGUGUAAGUGGACCUCCUGGACAGCCUGGACUACCAGGUUCUGGUGUUGGGGGUUCUCCUGGAACUCCCGGCUUCCCAGGAGAGCGGGGUCAGAAGGGAGAUGAGGGAUCCCCAGGGGUCUCCCUGCCGGGUUCUCCAGGACGACCUGGCUCCCCUGGUUCUCAGGGUCUACCUGGUCCCCCUGGACCUCCAGGCUUUUCCACCGGAGGAGGAAACUGUAUCACGGGGGAACCGGGACGUCCCGGCCUGCAGGGAGAGAGAGGCAUCCAGGGCGAGACAGGGCAGAAGGGUGAGAAAGGUGAGACCUGUGUGAACUGCGUUGGCAGCUCUGUUCCAUUCUCCGGACCCCCAGGACCCCCCGGAUCCCCCGGAUUCCCCGGAACUCCUGGUUCCUCAGGUAUCAAAGGAGACAGAGGAUACCCAGGAACACCGGGACAAGUCGGCCCUGCUGGUCCCCCUGGUUCCCAAGGUGUCCCUGGUUUCCCUGGGGAGAAGGGAGACCCCGGCGACGCUAUCACAGUGGGCGGUUUGCUUGGAGAUAAAGGAGACACUGGAUUCCCUGGACCCCCCGGUCUGCCGGGACUGGACGGUCGACCGGGACGUGAUGGAUCUCCGGGACUGCCGGGGCCCAAAGGAGCUCCUGGCUCUCUUCAGUUGAAAGGAGAGCGAGGCCCUCCAGGUGAACCGGGAAGCCAGGGUCUUUCAGGUGACAGGGGUCCCCCAGGUCCCCCUGGUUUCGGACCUCAGGGACCCGGAGGCGAGAAAGGAGUCCAGGGUGUUUCAGGGAGACCGGGAGCCCCCGGUGCACCAGGUGCGAAAGGUGAGCCAGGUCUGACCGUGGCGGAGAAGGGCCUUCCAGGACCUAGAGGACAGGAUGGCAACCCGGGCCAGCCAGGAACGCCAGGCAACCCCGGUCAGCCAGGCCAGCCUGGUUUCCCCGGGUUACCAGGACCAAAGGGUGAAUUAGGUCUCUCGGGCAUUGGACUACCCGGACCCCCAGGAGCCAAAGGAUUCCCAGGUACCCCCGGAUCACCAGGAGCCACUGGAGGACCCGGCAGACCAGGAGUCGACGGCCUCCCCGGCCAGCCUGGCUUCACUGGGCCUAAGGGAGAACCUGGUUUUGGACUUCCCGGUCCUCCUGGACCCCCAGGCUUUCCCGGAGCUAAAGGUCUAUCUGGACCAAAGGGAGAUCCUGGUUUCCCUGGCAACCCCGGUGCACCGGGCCGAUCUGGUUUUGAUGGCAGUCCAGGAGCCAAAGGUGACCCUGGCGCCCCUGGUGUCGCUGGAGCUCGUGGUCCCCCAGGAUCUCCCUCUAUUGGCUCUCCGGGACUACAAGGACUUCCCGGAAACCCUGGUUCAAUGGGAGCCCCAGGAUUCCCAGGUGCUAAUGGUGAGAAGGGAGACCCUGGCCCUCCAGGUCUGGACAUCCCAGGGUUGCCAGGAGACAGAGGAAGCCCCGGUUUCCCAGGUUCCCCAGGAGCCAUCGGAUCCCCAGGACCCCCCGGAGGGUCAGGCCGUGAUGGUCUGCCUGGACUUCCAGGUACCAAAGGAGACAUGGGACCAAUGGGAGCCCCUGGACCCGGUGGAGCCCCUGGAAACCCUGGUGUACCCGGCGGACCUGGAUCUAAAGGUGACGAUGGCUUUCCAGGCAGACCAGGUACCCCUGGAGUUCCCGGCACCAAAGGAGAGAGAGGAGACCCAGGUGUCCAGGGACCUCCCGGACCUAUCCCUCCGCUCCAGGCCCUGAAGGGAUCUAAGGGAGAUACCGGAAUACCAGGUGCAUCAGGUCUGCCAGGUCAGAAGGGUAUCCCCGGUCUCCCUGGUGAUCCUGGAAUUCCAGGAUCAGAUGGACGACCUGGUCUGUCAGGACCCCCAGGUCCCAAGGGAGACGCUGGUAUUCCCGGAGGCCCAGGCAGCCCCGGAACACCAGGACAGAAAGGCAGCAUUGGAGAGAUGGGAUUUCCAGGACCAACAGGGCAGAAAGGGACACCAGGUCAGUCAGGAAGGUCAGGUGGACCUGGACAGCCAGGAGCUCCUGGAUUCCCUGGAGCCAAAGGUGACCCCGGUUCUGCUGGAGUCGGACAACCUGGACUACCCGGACUGAAGGGUGAGCCAGGCCAGCCAGGUUUCCCAGGUAGCCCAGGACAGAAGGGAACAUCAGGGGGGUCCGGACUCCCAGGGUUACCUGGGGGCCCCGGAGUCAAGGGCGAACCCGGCCUCCCAGGAUUUCAAGGUUCUCCUGGUAUCCCUGGCCCUAAGGGUUUGGAUGGCUCGCCAGGUAGCCCAGGUCCUGGAGGAGCUCCCGGCAGACCAGGAGAGUCCGGCCGCCCUGGAGCAUCAGGGCUGCCAGGAGACAAAGGUCAGGCAGGACGUGAUGGAAUCCCUGGACCAGCAGGAACCAAAGGAGAGCCAGGACUUCCUGGUCUUGGUGGCCCAGGUGCCCCUGGUCUUCCAGGGUUGCCAGGAUCCAAGGGAGACCUGGGUCUUCCUGGCCCACCUGGCAACCCUGGGUUCCCAGGCUCCAAGGGAGAGGCUGGUUUCCCUGGCCUGCCAGGCUCACCAGGCAGCACAGGACCCCCCGGCUCUCCUGGAGUGGCCCUCCAGGGCCCCAAAGGAGGCCAAGGACCCCCAGGACCACCAGGACGAGGAGGUUUGUCUAUAAAGAGGAAAUAUAGAGCUUGGAUGUUGCCUGGUCCACCUGGCCCUGAGGGUCCCCGUGGACCACAAGGAAGCGGUGGGAUCAAGGGAGAGAAAGGUAUCCCUGGAGCUCCCGGUCAGCCUGGCUUCCCCGGACAGAAAGGAGAGGGCGGCACUCCAGGAUUCCCGGGUUCCUCUGGUCUUCCUGGCCCCUCUGGUCUGAAGGGAGAUAUCGGUCUACCGGGUGUUCCAGGAUUCCCUGGGCCUAAGGGAGAUCCAGGUGUUCCAGGUGCUUCUGGGAUUCCAGGAGAUCCUGGAGAUGUUGGACCUGUUGGCCCCCCAGGUGACCCGGGCGCAGCAGCCCCCAUCGUUGUGAAGGGAGAGCGUGGACCCCCUGGUCCCCAGGGUCUGCCCGGAGUCCGAGGACCACCAGGAACCCCCGGUUUGGAGGGACUUCCAGGCCAGCCCGGUGAUCCUGGAGACCUGGGUUCAGAAGGUCCUCCAGGCUUCAGCGGACAGCCAGGUCGCAAGGGAGAUUCUGGACCUGCUGGACAGCCUGGUCAGCGUGGAUACCCUGGACCUCCAGGUUCAGAUGGUCUGCAGGGGCCCCCGGGUCUCCCAGGCUCAGCCUCCACCGCCCACGGCUUCCUUAUCACCCGACACAGCCAGGGCCAGGACGUCCCGUACUGCCCCGAAGGCACAAAUGUCAUCUAUGAUGGCUACUCCCUUCUCUAUGUGCAGGGCAAUGAGAGGGCGCACGGCCAGGACCUCGGUACGGCCGGUAGUUGUCUUCGCAGGUUCAGCACCAUGCCUUUCAUGUUCUGCAACAUCAACAAUGUGUGCAACUUCGCCUCGCGCAAUGACUACUCCUACUGGUUGUCCACGCCAGAACCCAUGCCCAUGUCUAUGGCCCCCAUCACCGGCGAGGGCAUCAAACCUUACAUCAGCAGGUGUGCGGUGUGUGAGGCUCCAGCCAUGGUUAUUGCAGUCCACAGUCAGACAAUCCAGAUCCCCAGCUGCCCUUCUAACUGGGAGGCCCUGUGGAUCGGCUACUCCUUCAUGAUGCACACCAGUGCCGGUGCAGAGGGCUCCGGUCAGGCCCUGGCCUCCCCGGGCUCCUGUCUGGAGGAGUUCCGCAGCGCCCCCUUCAUCGAGUGCCAUGGCAGGGGAACCUGCAACUACUACGGGAACUCUUACAGCUUCUGGCUGGCCACCGUGGACCCCAACGAGAUGUUCAGGAAGCCCCAGUCGGAGACACUAAAGGCAGGCAACCUGAGGACGCGUGUAAGCCGCUGCGUGGUCUGCAUGAAGAGGACGUAACAGCGCACGGCAACCAGCCGUUGCCGAGGACGCCCAGCCGACAACACGAGCUGAUUGGAUGAUGGGGACAAGAAGAGGGAGGGCGGUAACCACGGUGACCGAUGCCCGGUUGCCACGGUGACAAGGUGGAAUUCCAAUGG